AAAAUUAAAAAUUCACAAACAAAGUAAAGUCAUUCGCAGAAAUGGCUGAUUUGUUGAGUGUGCCGUAUAAAAAAUCAUCAGACGUAGAUAUUAGUAAGCCUUUACUGAAUUUAAUUCAAUCUACUUACGCGGAUUCCAGCGAUGAUUACAGCGAUGCCGUCAACGAACUCCACAAACUUAGAACACAAGCUAUUUGGAAGCUGUUUGAGAAGUCAUCUCUAGAAGUUAUUUACAGCUAUUAUGACCAACUGGUUGCAUUGGAAAAGAAAAUUCCUCCACAAGAAGUGCAAAUUCCAUUCAAAUGGAAAGAUGCUUUUGAUAAAGGAUCAUUAUUUGGAGGAAGGAUGAGUCUUACUGUCAGCUCCUUAGAAUAUGAGAGAAUGUGUAUUCUGUUCAACAUCGCUGCAGUUAUGAGCUCUCAGGCGUCCCAGCAGACCUUGGAAACUGAAGACUCCCUCAAGCUGGCAGCUAAACUACUUCAACAAUCAGCAGGUAUCUUUGCCUACUUAAAAGCCAAUGUGAUGAUGGCCGUCCACCGAGAAACCACUCCUGACCUCAACCCGGAGACUCUGCAUGUGUUGUCGCAGCUGAUGCUCGCUCAGGCUCAAGAGGUUAUUGCCUACAAGUGUAUCAGAGAUGAGAUGAAGGAGUACAUGGUAGCUAAGGUAUGUUCCCAAUGUGAGGAGCUGUACACUGACGCCCUUCGCGGCUUGCAGAAGCAGACCCUGCGCCCGCUCUGGGACAGCGAGUGGAUUCCACAUGUUCAAUCGAAACUGAACGCUUUCCGUGGUCUAGCCCAGUACUACCAGGGCAUGGUGUGCCACUCACAGAAGGCGGUCGGGGAGGAGAUCGCUCGCCUGCAGAUAGCAGUAGAGGCGCUGAAGGGUCGUCAGGGCGGUCCACUGGGCGACGCGGCGCUGCGGGCUACACGCGCGCUGGCCGCCGCCACCCGCGACAACGAUUUCAUCUACCACGAGCGCGUGCCCGAGGCCCGCGCGCUCGACCCCAUCCCGCGCGCGCCCGUCGCGCAGGCCCUGCCCGUGCCCGAGCGGUUCAGCAGCGCGCACAGAGAUCUGUUCGAGAAGCUGGUGCCGAUGGCGGUGCACCAAGCGCUGCACGCGAGCGAAGCGCGCCGCUCCGAGAUCGUCAACGCCGAGAUCAACAAGCUGCGAGAGGCCACGCAGCUGCUCAACAGUAUCCUGGCGUCGCUGAAUCUGCCGGCGUGUAUCGAGAGCGGCGGCGGCAGCGGGCUGCCCGAGUCCAUCCGCAGCAAGGCGGCGGCGGUGCGCGCGGCGGGCGGGCUGCCGGCGCUGCAGAGACUCAUGGCCGAGCUGCCCGAGCUGCUGCAGCGCAACCGCGAGAUACUCUCAGAGGCGGAGCGCAUGUUACGCGAGGAGGAGGAGGGUGACGCGUCGCUGCGCGCGCAGUUCGGCGCGCGGUGGACGCGCACGCCGUCCGCGCAGCUCACGGAGACGUUCCGCGCCAAUGCCGCCAAGUACACGCAGAUCAUAGACAACGCCGUGCGCGCCGACGACAUCGUGCAGCAGAAGUUCCGCACGCAUAAGGAUAGUAUAGAGAUGCUGGGACGCAGCGAGGGCGAGAUCGGUGCGGACGUGCCGGACGCGCCCACCGCCGGCGCGCCAGACUCCGCCCACGUCGCCACGCUCAGGCGCCUCUGCGAUAAGGUGUCAGCUGUGAAGGCGGAGCGUGAUGCGUUAGAAAGCGAGCUGAAGAGCGCCACGGUGGACCUGCGAGCCAAGUUCCUGGAGGCGCUGGCGGCGGACGGCGCGCUCGACGAGCCCGCCACGUCCGCCGCCGCGCUCGGUGCCGCCCUCGCGCCGCUCCAGCGCCGCGUCGCCGACACGCUGCAGCAGCAGGAUCAGCUCGUCGCCGACCUGCAGGAGGCGCACUCGGCGCUGAUGGCGGCGCGCGGUGGUGCGAGCGGGCGCGACGAGAUACUGGGCAAGCUGUGCGCCGCGCACGACGCCUACCAGGACCUCACCGGCAACCUCAAGGAGGGCGUCAAGUUCUACAACGACCUCACGCAGCUGCUGGUAGCGUUCCAGAACAAGGUGUCGGACUUCUGCUUCGCGCGCAAGACGGAGAAGGAGGAGCUUAUGAAGGAUCUGACGCAGGAGGCGGCGCGCUCGCCCCCGCGCCCCGCCCCCGCCCCUCCACAACACCACGCUGACGCAGCCGCCGCCGCUGAUGAUAUUGAGCCUCCUGUAGCGGCGAAGCGUGCGCCGCCCCGCCCCCCGCCGCCCGCCGCCGCGCAGCCCUCCGCGUUGCCCUACCCUACGCAACCAGGUGGCACCGGUAUGCCGCUGCCGUACGGGGCUGCACCGGCGCCGUAUCCGGUGUACGCGCCGAUGCCCGCCCUCUACAACCCGUACGCAACGCUGCCGUAUCCGCACCACGUGCGCGCGCAGCCGCCGCCGCAGCCCUACCAGCCGUACCAGUACCCGCCCCCGCAGCAGCCCUACGCGCCCCCGCCACCCGGAUACAACCCCUACCAGCAGCAAUAAACACUUACACACGCACACACAUACACAUACAAAACACACGUGUAGUCGCGUUGACACAAAUGCGCACACACACGAGAUUACGAAUGUAACAUCAA